GGAGGGGGAGGAGCCGUGUCAGUUGGAGUACUGAGGGAGCGAGGCAGGGAGGAAGGGGAGGGAGAAGCACAGAGGGAAGAGAGGCAGCCAGGCAGACAGAGGAGAGUGAGGCGGUCUGGUGGCCUUGCAUAACACGCGUCGGAGAAGCCUUGCACGCAAGACCUGGUGUGGGCUUGUUUUUUUUGUUUUUUUUUGCACACAGGAAAAGGGGGGGGGGGCGGCCUGAGGGAUGGGGGGGACCUCCUCUGCCAUCGGGCCGAUUGCAAGGGGCAAGCGGAGGGGUAACUCCUGAACAGAGUCCUCACAAGAGGGGCUGUAGCACAAAGGAGAGGACCGGGAAGAGGACGCUGCAAGGAAGCACGUCUCGCGGGUCCACAGUGGAAUCAUUGCACAUGCUCUGUAAGCUCUGCAAGCAGUGGCAGUGGAAGGACCGCUCCAUCGUCCGGACACUGUAUUGGCAUCGCUUCUCCCUCACCCUGCUGCAGAAAGAUGGUAGUGCUAUGAAGCUGUGAGGGGAUUGUGCCGCUGCGUAUCUGCGCCGUUCACCUGAAGUCAACACAAUGGCCACACAAACCCACCCCCCUCUGGGGGUUUUUAUUUCCACCAACAUCGUGGAAGAUCCAUCAGAGAUGAUACCACAUGAAGUUUAUGGAGCUCAAUUUAUGAGCUGGAGCGGCUGCAUCUUCUCUGGAUUGAGACCUGGAGCUGUAUGCUAGUGGCCAUCCUAGCAAAGGGGAAAAACAUUAACACUCAGAAAGAGAGACUGUGGAAGUGUCAACAACUACAUUCAAAACAUAUCAGGCACAAUGAAAUCCAAUCAGGAGCGGAGUAAUGGAUGCCUGCCGCCUAAAAAGCGAGAGAUCCUGGCACUGGAGCAGAGGCCAGUGGUAGUAGCUGCAGCAACUCCUCCUGUGAUCCAUCAUGAUCCCACUCCUCACACUGAGAACCUAGCAUGGCUGGCAAAUGUAGCCAGUGAACGCUGCAGGUCCAGAGACUCAGAGAGCCCAAGACGUCCCAACUCCUCCACUUCCUCCUCUUCUCCUCCCGCUUCCAUCCCAACGUCAUCUACUCCUCUGUCUGCAGUGACGCUUGGCUCCCUACCUGCAGUCUACUCGACAACCAUUCCUCAGCACACGGGAACCAUCCAGUUUGCACAGCUAGGACCUAAUGUUCAGUUCAUCAGUUCUGGGCCCUACGCUGGCUACAUCUCUUCUCAUGUGAUCCCUGCAAAUACCAGCUCCGUGGGACAGCGCUCCCAGCUGGAUGGUUACACCACCGCCCUGAUAUCACCUAACACCAAAGGAGAGCAGCAGUUCCAAAUUGGCGUCCCUCCAACAGAGCUUGCCCCGGUUACCCUUCCAAGUGCUCCACAAGUAACCAACCAGUACAUCCAUCUCGAUAACAGAACACCUCUGACCGUCAGUGGAACCGCCGUCUCAUCAUCUGGAGCCCACCUCCAGCUCCACCCUCACUCUGCUGUCCUCCCUCAAACACUCACCCUUGCUCCCUCGCAGCUGUUGGUUCAGUAUUCAGAUGGUUUUGUGGGAAAGAAACCAGAGGUGCAUGCCAAAGGUAUGCUGAAUGGCGAGCUUGAAGUGGUCAAACAGAUUAAAGCUCCCACUCAAAUGGUAAAUCAUCAUCAAGUCCAGAGCUAUGAGGCUAGACACAUUCUUGUGCCUGCAGAGUAUGGCCAGAACCCAUCCGGACUUCAGACCUCAUUGGUACUUGUAGCCCAGCCAAACCAUGGAGCUGAUCAGGAACAGGGCACCAAUAAGAUUUCCUUACUUCAGACCGAGAAGGGCAGCAUCUGUUUGGGUAAACCGAUGUCUAGAUCUUCUUCUUUCUCCUCCCUCUCAUCGUCAGAGGUGGUGAAAACUGUCGCCCCCCAUUCAGUCAUGCAGGCCACUCUUCCCCCUGAAGAAAUACCUGUCAGUCUUUAUUCCUCCACACAAGCUCCAAUCAUCGGCUAUAUCACCAGCGCCAACCAGCAUGCAGUUAGUUAUCACACAGCACUGCCUCAGCACUUGGUCAUUCCUAGUGGUCAGUCCUUGCUCAUCCCAGUCAGCAGCGCCAACAAUGGCACAGAAACAGAGGUUAGCCGUGCUGUUAGCUCCCUGACUGCUACCACAACACCCCAGAUAUCCACUGCCAUGCCUCAUGCCUAUCUCGCCACAGCCCUGUCCAAAUGUGAGCCAAUUGGCACAGAUGGAAAUCAAGUACCCCGUGCUGUAGCCCCAGCACACCCUACCUUUCCCUCAAACCCAGCCCCUGCAGUGGUGACAGCUCCCUCUCUAGUCCCAGCCCCAGUCCCUGUUUCUGUCAAUGCUCCAGUCUCCACUUCCAUCCAAACUUCUCCCACCAUCUCCUCUCCUUCCUCCCCCGUGGCCCUACCUCCAUUCUUCAUGAGAGGUUCCAUCAUUCAGCUUGCCGAUGGGGAGCUGAAGCGUGUGGAGGAUCUCAAAACCGAGGACUUCAUUCAAAGCGCGGAGAUCAGCAGUGAACUGAAGAUCGACUCCAGUACCGUUGAGCGUAUCGAUUGUGGCCAGACUCCUAACGCUGUGGUCAUACAGUUUUCUGUGGGGGAGCUCAAAGCCCAGGUGUGCGUGGAGGUUCUGGUGGAAUAUCCCUUCUUCGUUUUUGGUCAGGGCUGGUCCUCCUGUUGUCCUGACCGGACCACUCAGCUCUUUGAGCUGUCCUGUGCUAAGCUGUGCGUGGGGGACGUCUGCGUGUCUCUGACACUUCGCGGGCUGAGGAAUGGUUCGCUACAAGACACCGAAGCUUUGGGGGCCAGGCUGAAGACGGCCCGAAUGUCGGACCCCUGUAACAACACAGAGCUGAUGAAUCAGAGGCCAAACACUGCAUCCAGUAACAGCGGUCUUCUUAUGAAGGCCUCUGGUGUAGAGAGAGUGCAGACAUCUGCACCUGCGUCAGGACGAGGGCAACCAACCCAAAUGGGACUAAAUCCGAGAUCAGUGGAAGGGAUCUCUGGAAUUGCAGAUGUGAAAAUAGACAUGGCCACACCGUCCAAAAUCCAGUGCAGAAAUCCAGAAAGAACCUCUGUUCGAAAGAGAAGAUGGUCCGCUCCAGAGCGGGACCAGACUGAGAGAGCAGAGGGGGAGCCUCCGUCAACUCUGCCCUCCAUCAUCCCUCAGGAGGUAAAAAUCAGCAUAGAGGGCCACUCAAGCAGCGGCAGAGAAAGAUGCUUGAACAAACCGUAGACUGUCUGGGGGGCCGGGGGGGCUAAAAACGAAAUUUAUUGGCAUUGUGUUCGCGCCCUGUUGUGUUCUCUCUACUGAGACUACUAUAAUAACAUUGCAGAGUUGACACAGGACCACCAUUUUAUUUCUGCCAUUUGUCGGACGCCGAGUGCAGUGAGAGGUCGCACACUCAGUGCAAUCAGUGCAAUCAAUGCUGGAAGCAAAAAUGAAUGCAGUGUGAAUGUGGAGCGUGUGUUGCUAAGAUUCCUAUUAGCAUGGCAGAACAGAUGCCCAUGUGGAGAAGGCGGGUCAUCAGUUUUUUUGGGUAGUAGUUACGUCACAAGUACAAUUAAGAGGGAAAAAUGACCACUUUGAAUUAAUAAUUGCCAAUAUUAAUUUGGUAAUAAUCAUAGCAGAGCUUUUCGACGCGUCACACAUCUGUUGAAUCUUUACUAUCGUCCAAGCUUUCACACCGCAGUGAGUGUGUGUGUUGGUGUGUUCGUGGGCACACAGAGCACAUGGGGUCGGGUUUGAAUGUAAACCACUUUUUGUCCUCAUAUUGUAAAAUCACAGAUGUGUUCUUUGCUGCACCAGCGUUGCGUGAGUUUGAUAUUUGAUGUGUUUGCAAUAUGUGUGUGACAGUGGUCGCACAUACACACAUUCCUUAUACAACUAUACUAAAGAGAUUGUGCAGCGGCAAUGUUCAGGUGUCGUCAAACCUCGCUGUUAUGCAGCAUUUCUAUGAUAAAGGGAAUCGAGACACGGCCAGCGAUGUACUAUAUCCUCAUAUGUGCAUAGCAAGUGUCAAAACAAGCAUGUCAUUGAAGCCCUUUUGUACCUUUGGUACUUGACUUUUACAACUUCAGAACACAUGUAUACCUUUACAUACUGUAGGCGCUGUGUGGUGCAUUGGUGUAUAUUGUAUGGAUUUAGAUUGGAAUAUGAACAAGAGCAGGCAAGUCCACUGCAUCAAUCCUGGGCCACUUUAAAGCUGCACAGCAACAAAGCAGCACUGAAUUUUUAAACAUGGCUGACGUGCCCGCAAACUAUUGCCUUAUUAUGCAUCGGCAUCAGACAGAACGCAACCUCAACCUGCUUUUGUCGUAAAAUAGCCAGCCAGAUUGAAUUUUUUUCUCCAGUCUGGUUCGCCAGAAAAAUAUGUGAUCUUCCAGUUUGCUACAUCACCAUCUGCAUUCUCCAUUUGCACCCUAACGACAAACUAAAUGCCACUUCUUCGCUGAUCAGUACUGGCUCUACUUCACCACGGAGUAGUCGGUUUUCCACUUUUAAAAAGCAAACUGCGAAAACCUCUCCACAUUGAACGCAUCAGUAUAUUAGGUGUCCGGUAAAAAAAGUAGCCACGUGGAGAUUGAGGGCAACUGCAGCAAAGUGGAGACUGUGGAGUAUGAUACUGCACUGUGUCCACAUCUAAAGCACAGCAAGCAAACAUUACCUUUGUUUAUCUUUGUGAAUCCUCAAAUACUACAAUGUUAAUGAAAAAUUCUGCCCGACUGAUGAGCAACCAGCAAUGGAUUUCCUAUACCACAGGUGUCAAACUUCUGGCCCACAGGCCAAAAUAAUAUACCGUAAUUUCCGGACUAUAAGCCGCACCUGACUAUAAGCCGCACCAGCUAAAUUUAGGGGAAAAUACAGAUUGCUCCAUAUAUAAGCCGCACCCGACUAUAAGCCGCAGGGUUUUGAUGUGUAAAUACCGUAGUAUAUAGGGGUUCCUGCUACCACGGAGGGGAUUGUCAGGACAGAGAUGACUGUUUGGGAACGCAAAGCGUCCCAUUUAUUAACUAUAAAUCUUUCAAUCAUUCAAUCAAACUUUCACAUCUUUGACAUGGCGAACAGCAUUCGUGCAGAGUACAAAUAAUACAACGGUGCAAAGUAAUACAAUGUGCUCGCCUGUAUGUUAUCAAAAUAACCAGCCUACCGGUAUAUGAAAAGUCAGUCUUUAAUCAUUGUGUCAUCGUCUUCCUCCUGCGUACUAAAACCACCAAAAUCCUCUUCGUUGGUGUCGGAGAAGAACAGGCCGUAAAUAAGCCGCACCGUUGUAUAAGCCGCAGGGACCAGAACGAGGGGAAAAAGUAGCGGCUUAUAGUCCGGAAAUUACGGUACAUAAGGCCUGCAUGGCGAAUUCCAUCAAAUAAGAACUUAAACUUACUCCAGUGUCACCACUACAUACAGUAUACAUUUUAUGUCAAAUAAAUAACACCGCUGGCCACAGGUGUCAAACUCAAGGCCAGGGGGGCUAGAUCUAGCCCGCCACAUCAUUUUAUGUG